GCAGCUUUUACGCAGAGGGCUGUCUCACCUGCUGAAACGCACUUCACCAUCAGCACAACAGAGCCAUCUUUCGCUCUCACCUCCAAUUAAUCUCCACGCCUGCGAGGUCAGCUCUUCGUUUUCGUCUCUUCGGCUUUGUUUUGUUUUGCUUUCUUUUGACGCGACGAGCUUUGGACACCCCACCAUGCCCUCUGCGUUUGGAUCGUCGAACAAAGCGCAUCCAUGCCUCUCCUGAGAACUAAUUUCCUCCUCCUAAAAAUCACGGAUUUUGUUUGUAAGUACUCAGGAUAACAAUCUGGCAUCUUUUCUUUGCUGUUAGGCUUUCUUUGUGUAGUUCACAGUGAGAGAACGCGCUGUUAAAGAUGGAUACGCUUCCUCCUAGUCCGAUGGAAAGGCUUUUAAUUUAGGGAACACUCGAUCCUGCUGCUGGGCAAAAAUGAUGGCAAGAUUUUGGAUAGCGCUGCUGGACACGUUCAUGAUGGUUUCCAGGGAGUAGAAGAGGCCUGUGUCGAUGCUUGACAACAAAAAUCUGCAGCACUCACACAAACAUUUAAUCUCCUAGGGCGUUAAUAGUUACAUGACAAAAAUACAUCCAACAACUAGAAUAAACUGACAGAAGCAUCUCAAACUAUGGAGCACACAGGGAUCGAGGAGGUGAACCAGACGCACCAGCAGCAGCAUGAGCCCAUCAGCUUCGGCAUCGACCAGAUCCUCAACAGCUCGGACCAGUCCAGCGGCUGCAUGCUGCCCAAUCGGACGGGCGAUCCGGAUUACGCGCUGGCCUCCAACGUCUACAGCAACGGCUAUAACGGCGUCUACAACCCGGCCUGCUCCAUGGCGGCGGCGGCAGGGCUGGCAGGCUCCUACAAUGUUAACAUGAACAUGAACGUCAGUAUGAACAUGAACGUUAACGUCAACUCAGGCGGCGCAGGUGGAGUGAUCAGGGUGCCAGCCCACAGACCCAUGCCCCCUCCGCCAGCUGCUGCCGCGCCGCAUCCGCCCCCUGCGACGCAUCCGCCGGGCAUCGGACCCGGGAUCGCCUCGGUGCCUGGGAUGGGGAUGGGGAACGCGGCGAACUUCACUUUCCCGUGGAUGGAGAGCAGUAGGAGGUUUGCCAAGGACAGACUAACAGGGGAGCAGGCAGAGGAGAGCCGAGCCGGGGAGGCUACAGGGGGGCCGGGGGCCGCCGGGUCCCUCUGCCCACUCCCCAAGGGAGACAUCGGCAGGGUCCCCGUCUGGAGCACUGUGGAGACGUUAGCUAAAUGCUAUUACCCUGAGCUCGCUCACCUGCGAGACAGCAAUGGCCUUCUAGCAGACUAUCCUUUCCCAAAGGGGGCUUGCCCAGCUGCCCUCUCACCCUUCUCUGUGACCCGUCGUAUCGGACACCCGUACCAGAACCGGACGCCGCCCAAGAGGAAAAAGCCUCGCACCUCCUUCAGCCGUGUGCAGAUCUGUGAGCUGGAGAAGCGUUUUCAUCGGCAGAAGUACCUGGCGUCGGCUGAGCGAGCCACCUUGGCAAAAGCCCUGAAGAUGACAGAUGCACAAGUCAAGACCUGGUUUCAGAACAGACGGACAAAAUGGCGGAGACAGACUGCAGAGGAGAGGGAGGCUGAGAGGCAGCAGGCCAACCGGCUGAUGCUGCAGCUUCAGCAGGAAGCCUUUCAGAAGACGUUGAGCCAGCCACUGCAGCCGGACCCGCUCUGCCUACACAACUCCUCCCUGUACGCCCUGCAGAACCUGCAGCCCUGGGCGGACGACAAUAAGCUGUCGGUCUAAAAGAGAGGAGGGCACUUAAUCCAAAAGUGCCAGGAAACAAACGGACACCUCUGUACAUGCCCAACUAUCAAGACUGUGCCCCUUCCUCUUUGUGCCUCUGGACCCCCCCACAAGGCAGCAGAGACUCUCUGCCCAAUAUGGCACAAAAAGACCUCCUGUUUUCUCGCUUUUGACUUUGUACAAUGUAGUAAAAUGCAUGUUUCAACCCUUUCUGUGUGCACUCGGGACGAACCAUGGAAGUCAGCUGCCGUGGAGGUGGACUGCAGUGUUCAAGUGGA